AUGGCUUCUCUGACUCAGAGAACCUCGGGCCUCGUCCAGCGGCGGACCGAGGCCACCCGUAGCGCCGCCGCCGACAAGGAGAGGGAGCCCGACGGCGAGGAGGACGACGCGCGUCGCGGCGAGGAGGACGAGGACGAAAAGGGGGACUCGAAAGAAACCCGGCUCACGCUCAUGGAAGAGGUACUGCUCCUGGGCCUCAAGGACCGAGAGGGUUACACGUCGUUCUGGAACGACUGCAUUUCAUCUGGCCUCCGAGGCUGCAUGUUGAUCGAACUAGCUCUCCGGGGGAGGCUACAGCUGGAGGCCUGCGGCAUGAGAAGGAAAAAUCUGCUUUCGAGAAAGGUGAUCUGCAAGUCCGACGCGCCAACUGGAGACGUGCUUCUAGACGAGGCUUUGAAGCACAUUAAGGACACACAGCCUCCCGAGACAGUCCAGAGCUGGAUAGAGCUGUUGAGCGGAGAGACAUGGAGUCCCUUUAAGCUGCACUACCAGCUGAGGAACGUCCGAGAACGUCUGGCCAAAAACCUGGUCGAGAAAGGCGUCCUCACCACGGAGAAACAGAACUUCCUGCUUUUUGACAUGACCACGCAUCCGCUCACCAAUAGCACCAUCAAACAGCGGCUGGUGAAGAAGGUCCAGGACUCUGUUCUGGAGAAGUGGGUGAAUGACCCUCAUCGCAUGGACAAGCGCCUGUUGUCUUUGAUCCUGCUGGCCCACUCAUCGGACGUGCUGGAGAACGCUUUCGCGCCUCUCCAGGACGAGCAGUAUGACUUGGGCAUGAAGAGGGUGCACACGCUCCUGGAUCUGGAGCCCGAGAAAGAGAGCGCCAAGCCCGGUGCCAAUGAACUCAUGUGGGCUGUGGUGGCUGCUUUCACCAAAUGA